UUUCUCCUCCUGAAUAGGGAUUCUUCUGCCCGGGGCGGUGUGGGGGAGACGCGCCUCGUCCUGCCCGGCUGGGGGGAAUCCCGUGCCGGGAUGGUGGUGGUGGGAUGCGCGCCUCAUCCUGCCUAGCUGGGGGCACCCGGAGGGAGGCUGUGAAUGGGAAGGGUCCGCUGUGGGCAGAGAAGGGGGUCCCGUCCUGUCCGGCGGCGCUUUGGAGGCGCCAUGGGAUGCAGAAGGCAGGGCAGGUCCAUUGGGAUGUAUCCGGACAGGGAUGCUCUCACUGGAGUGCUGUAAGGGAGACAUUUCCAGCACACGGUGCAGGGAAGAGCUGGUCCAGGGGACUUUUGGAAGACGGGAUCGAGGGAUCGGGUACCAUCGUGCCUGAGGAGUUGUGGAGGAUCUUUGGGAUGCUGGAUGAGGAUGCAGUGGUAGGAGGUAAUAUCCUGCCUAGGAAAAAUCCUCCAGGUAACUUCUGGAGGGAAAGCUCCUCGCUGGGAGUGGGUUUCGUCUUGGCUUGAGGGAUCCUCUGUGUGAGGUGCUGUUGGAGGGGGGAUCCUGGCUGUGUGGGAUCGCCUCCUGGCCACGGUGUGCUGAGGGUGGCUGGGAAGGAGGUGUCCUGUGAAGAGAUCCCAGCUGUGCUGGUGGGACCAGGGGGCACAUCCUGCCUGGGAGGUGAUUUCCUGCUGCCGCAAGGGUACUCUGCCACCCCAGCAGUGCUGCUUGGAGGAGCCCCAGGAAGAGGAUAUAGGGAGGGGUUUGCCAUGGCAAAGACAGCGUGAGCUCAUCGGGGUGGAGUAACAGGGCUUGGGAUUUGGCUUAGCCAUGGCCUGCAGGGGCUUGAACAGUGUUGUCCGGGGAAGGAAGGGACUAGCACAAACCCACAGAUCGGUCUGGGGGUGUGGGGCAGAAACCUGGGGCUGGAGUCCCGAAACCAGGCAGAGGAGCUGCCAGUGCUGCAGAGACAGCGCUCUGUGGGCGACUGAGCACAGCAGUGGUGGGAGGGGGAUCAGCUCAGCUCAGCCCUGGUGCUGUCUGCUUCAUUCCCAGCUGUGGAGAAAUCCCCACACGUGCACUGAGAUGUGAGGAGGCAAAGGCUUUCCCUUUUUCAGAGCACAGCACUUGGCAGGUUAAGAAAAUCAACAUAAGGGAGCCAUCACAGAGAGCUUUCUGUCCUCCCAGUGCGGGAUGAAGUGGGGUCAGAUGCGUCGGUGGUGCAGUGGAAGUGAGCGAAGACAAAGCUGGGAUGGACUUUGCCAGGGCUGCCUGAGGCAAAGGUCUCCUGGAGAAUUCCUUAUUCCUCAUCCAAAACUCAACAGCCCUGUGCAGUCAAACCCUGCAGGACAGUUAUUUCUCCCUUGGAGCCCUCCACCCAGUCCCUCCAUGUCCAUAGCCAGCAAGCAUUUCUCUCAUCAUGAGCUCUGAAUUAAACGUUCCAGUGGAUCCUUCCACUCCUGCUUGCUGCUCUGAGCCUGGCACAAAGGGCAUGGAUUACCGGGACUGGGUCCGGCGCAGCUACCUGGAAUUGGUCACGUCCAACCACCACUCUGUUCAAGCCCUUUCCUGGAGAAAAUUGUACCUGAGCCGAGCCAAGCUGAAGGCCUCCAGCAGAACCUCUGCUCUGCUCUCUGGAUUUGCAAUGGUCGCCAUGGUGGAGGUGCAGCUGGAGGUGCAGUACAAGUACCCCCAGAUGCUGCUGAUCGCCUUCAGCGCCUGCACGACGGUGCUGGUGGCCGUGCACCUCUUCGCCCUCCUCAUCAGCACCUGCAUCCUGCCCAACGUGGAGGCCGUGAGCAACAUCCACAACCUGAACUCCAUCAGCGAGUCCCCGCACGAGCGCAUGCACCCCUACAUCGAGCUGGCCUGGGGCUUCUCCACCGUCCUGGGAAUCCUCCUGUUCCUCGCCGAAGUCGUGCUCCUGUGCUGGAUAAAAUUCCUGCCAGUGGGCUCCAUCCUGAAAAACGAGACCACCAACGUGGAGAAGCCCAGCAGCCACGCAGGGUGGCAGUCAGCACUGGUGUCCACCAUCAUCAUGGUCCCCGUGGGUCUGAUCUUUGUCGUCUUCACCAUCCACUUCUACCGCUCCUUAGUGCGGCACAAAACGGAGCGGCACAACCGCGAGAUCGAGGAGCUCCACAAACUGAAGGUGCAGCUGGAUGGGCAUGACAGAGGCAUGCAGGUGGUGUGACAGCCUGCACACAGCUCAGCUAGGCCUGAGAGCAAAAUACCUGGUCUGCUGCUUGGUGAGACGCACCAGGGAUGGAUUUUCUUGAGGCUUAAAUCUGUAAAUGCUACUUGCCUGCCAUUUCUAGAUGGGGGUUCUUGUGCUGUUCCACGUGCUGGGGGCUCUGCCCUGGUUCUGGUCCCACACACUUGGUACUUAAGUCAACACUGCCAUGGUGUUUGAGGUCAAAACUUUAUCUACCUUAACAUUGGUAGCCAAAAAUCUGUAUUUUUUACAAAUGCAAUAUUCCGUUGCCAAAAGUGAAACUGCAUCAGCUGUCCCAAAAGCCUCUGUGUGUGUGUGUCAGAACUCCCUGGCUGUCAGUGCAGCCACAAUUAACUGGCAUCUCAUUCCUAGAGCAGAGCUAAUUAAUGUGGGUACCUGCAACUGACUGAAGGAUAUCCAGGAAAGCACAACAGAAACUGAGAAUGUUGAUCACCAUUGUUCCAAAGCAAGUAUUCCAUAAAUACAAAACCACAAAGAAAACAGC